GCAGUCAAAGAAAGGUGAACCUGAGAAUACACCGGAUGAAAUUUUGUCAAUGGUCAAGUCCUUAGCUAGUCCGCCACAUCGCAUUCUUUUGUUUCUCCAACAGAGUAGCGUUGAGUGGUGCUCGUCAUUGUGGUUGGAUUCCAUUCGUGAAAUUGAUCCGGCAUUAAAACGGACCAUAAUUGUUGUCUCCAAAUUUGAUAACCGGCUCAAGGAGUUCAAUGACCGUUGGGAAGUGGAUCGUUAUUUUGGUGCAAAUGGGUACCUUGGAGAGAAUACACAGCCGUUUUUUGUUGCCCUGCCAAAAGAUAGGAACACAGUUCCCAAUGAAGAGUUCCGUAGGCAAAUAUCACAGGUAGAUGCAGAAGUAUUGCACUAUCUGCAUGACAGUGUCAAAGGGGGUUUUAACGAGGAAAAGUACAAAUCUUACAUUGGUUUUGGUUGCCUCAGAGAUUAUUUGGAAUCUGAGCUUCAAAAGAAAUACAAAGAAGCUACUCCAACCACAUUAUCCUUGCUAGAGCGGCGCUAUUCUGAAGUCACUGCUGAUUUGGACAGAAUAGAGACUAAAAUACAGGCAACUUCCAACGUUGCUCAUCUUCGGAGAUCUGCCAUGUUGCAUGCUGCUUCUAUAUGCAAUCAUCUGGGAGCAGUUCUUGACGGAGCUGCUGAUCCUGCACCAGAGCAAUGGGGAAAAACAACUGAUGAGGAAAAAUCGGAGAGUGGUUUAGGUGGUUGGCCAGGUGUUACAGAAGAUGUAAAGCCUCCAAAUGCUACCCUUCGUCUUUAUGGUGGUGCUGCAUUUGAAAGGGUGGUGCAUGAGUUUCGAUGUGCUACAUAUUCCGUGGAAUGCCCUGCUGUAUCAAGGGAAAAGGUAGCAAAUAUUUUACUUGCCCAUGCUGGCCGAGGUGGGAAUAGAGGUGUGGCAGAGGCAGCUGCAGAAAUUGCACGUGCUGCAGCAAGAUCAUGGCUUGCUCCCCUUCUUGACUUAGCAUGCGAUCGGCUAUCUUGUGUUUUAGGCAAUCUAUUUGAUAUUGCUGUUGAGAGAGAUCGACACCAUCCGUCUGUCGGUGGUAAAAAAUCUGGAGAAAUUGAUGGCUAUGUUGCUUUUCAUGCUGCUUUGAGGCACUCGUACAAUUGCUUCAUAAAGGAUCUCGCUGAGCAGUGCAAACAAGUAGUUAGGUACCAUCUUGAUUCAGUAACAAGCCCGUAUUCUCAGGUCUGCUACGAGGACUUCCGGGGGAGUUUCGAUUCUGGUGUAAACUCAAUUCAUCGAUUCAACCAAGCAUCAGCUGGUUCAUUUUGUCUUGAGCUAUCUGAUGGGGGUCGGCCUGCAUUGCGCAAGGAAAUUAUGAAUGACCAAGAAAACAUACCCCCAGAAAAAGAUGAAACCACACCAGGGAAAGUAGCUGAAGCUAGAGAAGGUCUUAAAGAUUGCCAGAUGACAGUGCCCGAGACUCCAUCGCCUGAUCAGCCAUGUGAUGGAAACUAUCCGAUCAAAAAGGAACUUGGACAUUGCAUUGAAGUUGGAGCAAGAAAACGCCAAUCUAGAAUCACAGGCAGUAACAGAAAUUUGGAUCCUUUGAAGGGCCAAGAUGGUGGUAGCCUUCUAUUUGGGAGUGGGGAUGCUCGUUCCAAAUCAGGAUCAACUUAUUUAGAGAUAUGUUCAUCAGCUGCACAGCAUUUUGCACGAAUUCGUGAAAUUCUGGUUGAGCGGAGUGUGGCAUCAACUUUAAAUUCGGGCUUUCUAACUCCUUGCCGUGAGCAUCUUAUGGUGGCGCUUGGAUUGGAUUUAUUUGCUGUGAGUGAUGAGAAAUUCAUGGAGAUGUUUGUUGCACCUGGCGCAAUUGAUUCACUAGAAAAAGAAAGACUUUCCGUUCAGAAGCGUCAAAAAAUACUGCAUUCAUGCUUGAACGAGUUCAAAAAUAUUGCCAGAUCUCUUUAACAGAGAUAUAUCAUUUCACUUCCACAGAAACCUCUCGUUGAUGGAUUUGCAUUCGACAUUGACAAGACAAGGUGGAAAUUCCUUCUUUUUUCACAUUUUUUAGAAACUCAUAGCUCUACCGGGAUAUUAUUUUCUAUGGAAGUGAGUGCCUUUCACUAAUGCAAGUGCCAUUACUUAUCAUAUGGCUUGUUCUUUGUAACAUUUAGUACAGAAAUAUACUGUGUUUCUUUCUGAAAUGGUGAAUGUCGUUGAAAUGGUUGAUAUAAUGAAAAAUAAAUUUAUAAAA